GCCAUCACACCAUUUCUUGCAUUCUAAUGCAUUCUCACAUCUUUACAAAAUCCUCUCUUCCGCCACACGCAGUCGAUGUGCUGCUUUUGCCGACUUAGAGUUUGUUAAGCUAUUUCUGCACAUUUGACUUGUGAAGUCUGGAAAUGCACGAUAGAUGCGGCGUUUUGCAUGCACUCAUUUGCACGUUUUAUUGCCAGAGCCAGUGUAGACAGUAAAAAUGGACGCGUCGAGAGAUACUUUUCUUUACGAGGCAUCGACAUCCUGCUUUGCUUUCACCAGGGAAGAGUCUGUCUGUGUGAAGGCUUUGUCGCCUGGAUGGGAAAGGCUCCAUGUUCAGAGCAGCUGUGCUGGUGCUCAGCUGUCUGCUGCAGAGGACACUAGUGACCACAGAGGGGCAUCGUGGGACCAACGGCCAUGUCUUCUACGCUGUGCAAAUGGAUGGAGGCAUCAGGGCCGCCAGAGCUCUGGCCAGGGAUCAUGGACUGGACUUCAUACAACAGAUUGGCUGCCUGGAUGGUCUGUACACCCUUAGAGACAGUGGGGGGCGCCAUGACAGUUCCACCUUUGAGAAUGUCCUUGCAGCUGCAGUCGGCGUUCAAUGGCUGCAGAGGCAGUGCAAUCAUUACAGAGAGAAGAGAGCUGAUGUGACAUUGAGGGACCAAAGUACCAUUCACAGUUCCCAGAGAAGAGAGUCUGAAACUGACUGGCAGCCUGAGGAGAAUAGGAGUGACCAGUCCCUCACCUUCAAUGACCCACUCUGGCCUAUGCAGUGGGAACUGUUUGCACAGGGCAAGUACAACUCCAGUGGGUUUGACAUGAAUGUAAUGCCGGUUUGGAGGAAAAACAUCACUGGUAGUGGAGUAGUGGUCAGCAUCAUCGAUGAUGGUAUCGAUCACACAAACAAGGACCUGAAGAAAAACUUUGAGGCCCUUGCCAGUUUUGACCUGUGUGCUUCACAUGGUCUGUCUCAUGAUCCCAUGCCUGUCAGGAAUGAGGAGAACAGCCACGGCACCCGGUGUGCAGGGGAAGUUGCCAUGGAGGCCAACAACUCCUACUGCGGUGUGGGCAUUGCCUUCAAUGCCAGAAUCGGAGGUAUCCGACUGCUGGCCGGCACUGUCACUGAUGCCAUGGAGGCCACAGCGCUGACCUUCAACAUCCACUUCAUCGACAUCUACGUCUGCAGCUGGGGCCCGCGGGACGAUGGGGCAGAGAUGGACGGGCCACACAGCCUGACAGAGAAAGCCCUUAGGCUAGGAACCCACAAGGGCAGAGGUGGGAAGGGCAGCAUCUUUGUGUGGGCGGCAGGUAAUGGUGGAACGAUGCGUGACCACUGCGGCGCAGACGGUUAUGUUAACUCCAUCUACAAUAUUGCCAUCGGCGCUGUCUCCCAAAUGGGGAAGCCCACCUUCUUUGGUGAGCCCUGCCCCGGCGUGAUGGCCGUUACUCUGACAGGGACCGGCGUGAGAUCCUCACUACCUCUGGUCACUGUGACCAACAUCGCUGAUGGCUGUGUCACACACUUUCCAGGAACAUCCAGUGCUGCUCCGAUUGCUGCUGGGAUUCUGGCUCUCGUCUUAGAAGUAAAUCCUACGCUGACAUGGAGGGAUGUUCAGCAUUUGAUCGCCAAGACAGCAAAGAUCCCCGACCCCAAAGAGCCUGGGUGGAACAUCAACGCAAAAGGAUACCAUGUUCAUCAUAGGUUUGGCUUUGGAUUGUUGGAUGCAGGACUGAUGGUGCAGCAGGCCGCGCACUUCAGCACUGUUGCUCCACAGAGGAUAUGCACACAAAACACCCCGCUCCAUCCUAACAGAAUACUUCAUCCAAAAGGUGUGGUCACUGUGAACAUCCAAUCAGAGGCCUGCCAUGGGAGGACUAAUGAGAUCAACACCCUGGAACAUGUUCAGGUUAGAGUGAGUAUCAACAGCGUGUGCCGCGGUGACCUCUCUAUAAGCCUGAAAUCUCCAGCUGGUACUGUAUCACUGCUGUUGGACACACGGCCCAAUGACGCUUCCACUGCUGGCCUGACAAACUGGACCCUGAUGACGGUGCACAGCUGGGGGGAGCAUCCACAAGGCCUGUGGACCCUGGAGGUGACUGACCAUAAAGGCACAGUGUGGCUCUGUAAGAGGCCGGAGGACAAGGAGGCAUCUGGAGCCGUGCUCAGUGUCACUCUCAUCCUCUACGGCACCUACAACCCACAGAGGAGUAUGCACGAAGGACCCCUGCGGAGCAUUGUGUCCAUGGGGUUGCGUCACCCCAUCCCUCACAGGAGGGUGUUCCAAAGGGGCGGCUACCCCCCUCAAGACCUGAUUCAAUGGAUCUACAAAAUGGAGAGAGACAGGAAGGUUGGAGUUGCAGAUAUCAGCGUCCCAGCCAGACAUAAGAUGUUGAAGAGCCGUGACAACUUAGUGAAGGGUAACCAGGCCAUCAAGAAGCCCCUGACAUCAAUACGGCUUUCCAGUUCCAAUAUGCUGUACAGAAGUCCUCAACAAGGUCUAGACCUUCAGCUGUGAUGAAGCGUCAUUAAACAAAGACCAUCAGGGACUGAGAGAGAGACGGUGCUUACCAUUGCAGACUCUGCAGGGUGUCAUCAUGGAUGUGAACAGUCAGACUCUGAAGAAGUGGAGAAACUAUGAGCCUACUGGGAACCAAAGAAAAAAAAGAUGAACCAUUGUUAAAUAAUGACUUCAGCAGUGCAGAAAAACAAUUGAUCAUGAAUCAAUUCCAUGUCCAGUAAUUUGACUGUGUGGCCCCCAGUGGUGGCACCCAUUACUUCUUGUGGUCUUCCUGCUUGGCUUUAAAUCCCAACCAAUCUCCCGGCCACAGAAAAACACACGAACGUGUAAAUCUUUCCUAAAAACACAAAUGCAGUUUUCCGCUCUCAUCUCCCCUCCUCCUCCUCCUUUGCUUUCAGAGGUUGCGAAGGUUAGUGAAAGAUAUGUUUGUCUUUUUCCACUUCAUUGAAGGGUAAAUUCGGCUCAGUGCAAUAAGAAAUGGAUUACCCAUUCAUUAAAGGGGCUGUGUCACUCCUCAUUGAGUUGGACAAAUAGCAAAUUAAUUUCUAGCUGCCUAAUUUCUCUCAGUUCUCCACUGAAUUUCCGAUAACGUCGAAUUACUGAUCACAGCCAUGUGAGCUCCCUCAACUUUUUAUCAAUUCAUUAAAAAAUGUGCCACCGAGGA